CAUCAAGAUUAGUUCGAAAUGACUCCCCAGACAAAGGACGAAGAUGUUGACGAAAGGAAGAUCACAAUUCCUGAUUGGGUUAAGCCAGAGGCCUUUGAAAAUCUGCUCAAAAUCAAGGUCAAGGAUUACGAAAAGACGAAAGCAAUGAGAGCCAAAGCAGGAGUGGCUACUGGAGAGAACUAUGCCACCAUAAUGCUGCGAGUCGAGCUGGAUGUUGAGACAAAAGAUAAAUCACAAACCACCAAGGCAUUCAUGCUUAAAACUCCUCAUCAAUCUGAGUUGUAUCGCAAAAUGAUCGAAAAGACGGAUAUCUUCGACGUGGAGCGUGGAAUGUAUCUGGAAGUGGUUCCUGAACUGGAGCAACUGUAUCGCGAUGUGGGUGUGGAGGUAAAGUUUGGAGCAGAGGCCUACGAAAUAGAAGCCAGCGAUUACUAUGUCCUGCUGGAGGAUCUUAGUCCUCGUGGUUUCAAGAACAUUAAUCGCCGGGAAGGCAUGGACCAAGCUCAUACAGAAAGUGUCCUUAAGAAGUUCGCCCAGUGGCAUGCGGCUUCUGCGGUCAGAGUCGAAAGAAAAGGACCAUACGCUGAGAAGUACACGACAGGUUUUUUAAAGAACGAGGAAAUCGUAGAUGCCUUCUGUAAUCGUAGUUUGAAAGUCUUUUUGAAUUAUGUCGAAGAGUCCAAAGUUUUUGAGACCUAUCUGAAGGAUUUGCGCAUUGCCUCUGGUAAAACAUUGGAAAUUGUGGAGAACUUAAACCAUCCGAAGCCCGAUGAGUUCAAUGCCUUGAAUCAUGGCGAUGGCUGGGCCAAUAACAUUAUGUUCCAGUACAAUAAAAAUAACGAGAUAGAGAACACAUAUUUCGUUGAUCUGCAAGUCCCCAAAUGGGGAACAGUGGCGCAGGAUUUGUAUUACUUCCUGUUGUCCUCUACAAGUUUAGAUGUAAAAACCUCCAAGUUUGAUUACUUCAUUUGGUUUUACCACUCAGAGUUGGUAAAGAACCUCAAGCUGCUGAAUUACUCAAAGCAACUUCCUACUCUGAGAAGUAUUUACGAUGCUCUUAACAAAUAUAGUGGAUGGGGAUUCAUCUGCUCUUCAACUAUAAUGGCUUAUGUUCUGUUGGAUCCUGUUGAUGGAGCUGAUUUCGAUAAGGUCCUUGGUGAUGACGAUUCCACUUUUAAGAAAACACUUUACAAAAAUCCCAGGUUCCAGAAACAUAUGGAUGUACUAUUGCCAUGGCUUCAACAUCAAGGGGCAAUGGAAUAGGAGUUCAAAAUUUGAAAUCUACUCAUUUGUUUAUUAAAAAAGUAAAAAUGGUCUAUUUUAUUUGUAAGGACAGGAACCCAAGUAGCUAGUUGAAAGAUAAGAUAUACGUUGCAAUAUUGUGCAUUAUCUAACAGAUAACUUCUCAACAGAUAACAUCAUUGAUAAUACAAACUAAAGCUAUGUUUACCUAUAUAUAAUAUUACCCGGAAGAAUGUAUUCUAUGUUUUUAGAGUUUUAUAUUUGUUAUAAUAGCCUCAAAGUUUGGGAAUAAAAUCUAAGUAAAUUUCGGA